AUGCUCGCCCGCGGACGCCUCCUGUCCCGCACCCUCACCCUCACACCCCGCCGCACCAUGUCCUCGCAGCCCGACGCCCUCAUCGUCGCCGUGUCGCCCGCAGGCGACGUCAGUGCCGCCGCCCCCGCGCACGUCGCCGAGGCCUUUGCCCUGGCGCGCGGCGACGCCGCAAAGGCCGGCCAGCUGCGCGUGCUGCACCCGCGCAGCGCCGCCGAGCCGCUCGUCGCCGCCGUGUCGCUGGGCAAGCAGCACGCUGCGCCCAGUGUGGGCGCCGAUGCGCUGCCGGCCGCCGACGUCUUCCUCGCCAACGAGCGUGCCGAGCGCGUGCGCCGCGCCGCAGCGGCGGCGGCGCGUGCGCUGCGCGACCUGCCCGCCAAGGAUGCACCCAAGGAGGCGCUGGCGAAGCGCACCAUCGCCGUCGACGCCAUGGGCGACGCGCACAGCGCCGCCGUCGGCGCCGGCCUCGCGCUGUGGACCGUCAACCACUUCCGCACCAAGGGCGGCGACGUCAACGCCGCCAUGGACGCGCCCAAGGAGCUGCAGGGCGGCAGGCACAUCAGCCUCGUGUCGCUCGAGCAGCAGCAGGUGCAGAAGGGCGAGCUUGGCUUCGAGAGCGGCCUCGUGUAUGCCGAGGCGCAGAACUGGGCGCGCGAGCUCAUGGAGACGCCCGCCAACCUCCUCACGCCGACGCUCUUCUGCGAGCGCGUGCAGGCCAAGCUCGGCGCGCUGUCGAACGUCGAGAUUGAGGUGCACGACGAGGCGUGGGCCAAGGAGAAGGGCAUGGGCUGCUUCCUCUCCGUCACCGCCGGCACCGACGAGCCGGCCAAGAUGCUCGAGGUGCGCUACAACGGCGGCGCGCCCGGUGCGCCGACGCUGGCGUUUGUGGGCAAGGGCGUGUGCUUCGACUCGGGCGGCAUCAGCCUCAAGCCCGGCCUCGGCAUGAAGCUCAUGGUCGCCGACAUGGGCGGCGCCGCGGCGUGCGUGUCGACGACGUGGGCUGCCGCACAGCUCGCGCUGCCGCUCAACAUCGUCUGCGUGACGCCGCUGGUGGAGAACAUGCCGAGCGGCAAGGCGACAAAGCCGGGCGACAUUGUGCGCGCCAUGAACGGCCUCAGCGUCGAGGUGGACAACACGGAUGCUGAGGGCCGCCUCAUCCUCGCCGACGCGCUCACGUACGUGUCGCGCAAGUACAAGCCGCACACGCUCAUCGACGUUGCGACGCUCACGGGCGCCAUUCUGCACGCGCUGGGACACGAGUACUCGGGCGCCUUCGUGCAGGACGAGACGCUGUGGCAGGAGAUCAAGCGCGCGGGCGAGACGGAGGGCGACCAGUUCUGGCGCAUGCCGCUGUGCGAAAAGUUCCGCCCGUACAUCACCAACAGCAUCUCGGACCUCGUCAACGUCGGCCGCCCGGCCGGCUCGGCGAGCGCCGCGCUGUUCCUGCAGGACUUUGUCGAACGCGACAGCAGGUGGCAGACGCCAGGGCAGGUGGAAGAAGUGCCACCAUGCAGCCGCGGCACCAGGCAGAAGCGGCACCAGGCACCCGCGCCAGCCCUUCUGCCCGUCAUCGAGCACCGCUGCAUGCCUGCGAAGCACCGCGCUGACCCCUCCUCGCUUUCCCGCAGAGGCCUCGAGGACCGCAGCAAGCUGGCCGACGGCAGCGACGCGGGCAAGGCGACGGUGCGCUACGCCCACCUGGACAUUGCCGGCACGAUGGAGCGCAAGCACCCGGUGGCGUACCAGAACAGCCUCAUGACGGGGCGCCCGACGCGCAGCCUCAUCGAGUUUGCGCGCCGCUUCGCGCAGCACGAGCGCGAGGGUCCAGAGGCGGAGGCGCCCGGCGGCACGGCAGCGCAGCCGCACCGGCGGGCCACCUGCAUGACGCUCCCGCGCAUCUAUGCGCGGUGGAGCGGACAGCUCCUCGCUCGCAGCCGCGGCGGCGCGUGCCUCUCACCCACAUCCACCGCUCUCGCAUCGCACACGCACACCUCUCCCCACCCCUCGCCUCUCACCCGCCACGGCCACAUGGCGCGCUCCUCGGCCUGGGCGCUCCUCGCGCUCGUGGCCGUCGUGCAGCUGGCGUGCUGGCGCGGCACGCAGCGCCUCGAGGCGCUCGGCAGCCAGGCAGAGGCGCAUCCUCUGCGGCGCCGCGAGCUGCCACAGCUGCUCGCACGCUGGCCCGGCGCGCCGCUCGACGCGCUCGACGGCCUCGGCAACGCCACGCUGCACGCUCGCUCGCUGGUGGAGCCACUGGCGAAGCACGAGGAGCAGUGCUUCCCGCUGCCCAUCCUCGCGCCCGCCGACGAGCUCUGCGCACACGUCACGGCCUUCUGCCCGCCCAGCGGGCGGCUGGACUACCUGCGCUUCUACUACUGCGCCGGCGUGCGCCCGGCGGGCAACGAGACGGCCGAGGCGGGCAAGGACGCACUGGCUGGGCCACUACUGGCGCACGGCGCAGAGACUUCCUCGCAUCGUCACGCGGACGAGCCACUCCCUGAUGGCGCCGAGCGGCCGCCGACGCACUCACGACACGGCAGCACGGCGCCGCGGCACGGCAAGGACGGCCCGCCUUUGCCCGCCGGCGUAGCGCUGCAGCGUGGGCUGGCGCUGGCGACGAUCGUGCUCUGGAUGCUCUUCCUCUUCAGCUGGGUCGGCGUCGUGGCGAGCGACUUCUUCUGCCCCAACCUCAGCACGCUGGCGAGCCGGCUGGGCUUGAAUGAGAGCACGGCCGGCGUGACGUUCCUCGCGUUCGGCAACGGCAGCCCAGACGUCUUCUCCACGUUCGGCGCCAUGAAGACCGGCUCGGGCUCGCUGGCCAUCGGCGAGCUCAUCGGCGCCGCGUCGUUCAUCGUGUCGGUCAUCAGCGGCAGCAUGAUGCUCAUCGCGCCGUUCCACGUCAAGGCCUACCCGUUCCUGCGCGACGUCGGCUUCUUCACGGUGGCCGUGGCGAUGACGCUGGCGUUCCUCUUCGACGGCCACCUGCGCUUCGCCGAGUGCCUCAGCCUCGUGGCGCUGUACGUCUGCUACGCGACGACGGUCAUCAUCGGCAGCUGGGUGCAGGAACGGCGGCGGCGGCGGCGCAUGGCCAUCGCCGCCGCGCGCGGCGAGUACACGAACUCGCGCGCCGGCUCGCCGUACCAGGACGAGCCGUCGCUGGGCGACGUGGAGCGCGCCUCGACGCAGGGCGGCCUGCUGGCCGUGCCGGGCGCCGCCGGCAACUCGCCGUACCUGUCGCCCGUCAGUCCCAGCGAGUACGACCCAGACGUCAAUCCCAUCGACAUCUGGGCCGACCAGGCGGGACGGCCCAUCUCCUCGCCGCCCUCGCCGCGUCUGGGCGCCGUGUCGCCAGCGACGACGCCGAGCGGCGGACGCGCGAGCCUGGUGCGCUCGCAGACGCGCUUCCGCAGCGGCGUCGUGGCGCGCCACUCGCUGCUCGGCGCCGUCGAGUUCCGCGACGUGGUGCGCAGCCUGCAGCUCGAGAGCACGGCCGACCGCAGCGCCGAGGUCUUUGCGGCGCGCGACCCGGAGCGCUUCCUGCCGCACCCUGCCCACGCGCAUGGGCGCCCACGCCACACGCACAAGCGUGGCGUUAGCGUCGGCGCCGGACCGAUGAGCGCGCUCGAGCCGAGCGCCUCGGCGCAGAGCUUCUCCGCGCCCGGGCGCAACCGCUCCAACUCCACGGGCGCGAGCAGCAAGCCCAAGCUGGCGCGCAGCCACUCGGCGGUGCCGGAUCUCGGCGGCGACGACGCGACGUCGGGCGGAUGGAGCAGCCUGACUGUGCGGCAGGCGCCGCGCGGACGGGAAGCAGUGCCUGCGCCAGUCGAUGACCCGUGGCGGGAACACGGGCCAGGCGACGCGUGCGACGACGAGCUGCUGCUGCCGCCAUCGACGAUGCCGCUCGGCGCUGACGCGACCCGCACGGUGCCUGCGCUGUCUCGCCUCGACACGCGGCUAGCACCGCCGGCGUCCGUCGGCGACUCGAGCAGCCGCAACCACUCGCCAGUGCCCUCCAUUCACAUCUCUGCCGCGAACCCGGAAGACGAUGACUUCAAGGCUCGGCGCCGCGCCUCAGUCAGCUCACUUGCCAAGCCUUCGCGCACUCAGCGCGCGCUCGAGCUGCACCGCGAGUUUACGCGCCCGCUGCGCCGCGCGCUCUUCCCGUCGCUGCGGCACUUCAAGGACAAGUCGUGGCUCGGCCUCUUCGUGUCGGUCGUCACGGCACCCGCGCUGCUGCUGCUCAACCUCACACUGCCCGUCGUCGACGACGACGCCGAGGCGCGCGCCAUCGCCAUGCCCGAGCAGCUGCCGGGCGGCGCGGUGCGGCUCGAGGGCGAGGAGCGCCUGCUCACGGCGCACGCCGAAGUGAGCAGCGAGGAGGAAGCGGAGGGCCCAAUCGUCCAGCUCGGCCCCAGCACGCCCGACUCGGACCCCUGGGCCGCGCGUGACCGCCAGCACAAUGCGCAGCGCGACCUCGGCGUGGCCGCCGCGCUGCGGCACCUGCCCAGCAGCGACUCGCUCUCGGUGCACACCAUGACGCUCGACGAGCCCGCGGCGCCCGGCCAGCAAGCGGAGCAGUGCGACGACUGCGCCUCGGUCGACUCGCACAGCGCGCCCGCGACGGGCGCGCCGCUGCUGCAGAGCGUGGCGCAGUGCGCCUUCUCGCCGCCCUUUGUCGUCUGGGCGCUGACGGACCCGCACGAGUCUGGCUCGGGCUGGAAGGUGCUCGUGGCGCUGCUCGCGGGCCUCGUUCUCGGCGCGCUGGUGCUGGCAGCCGGCCUGCGCGCCCGUGCCCGCGGCGGCGCCUGGUACUCGCACAAGGCGACGCUUGCGGCCGGCAUGGCGCGCUGCUCGCUCGGCUUCCUCGUGUCGGUCAUGUGGAUCAUGACGAUCGUCGACGAGGUCGUGAGCAUCCUGCAGACCAUCGGCCUCAUCUGCGGCCUCUCGGACGCGAUCCUCGGCCUGACGGUGUUUGCGAUGGGCAACUCGCUGGGCGACCUCGUCGCCAAUGUGACGAUCGCACGGAUGGGCCACCCUGUCAUGGCUAUCUCGGCGUGCUUCGCGGGCCCGCUGCUAAACCUGCUGCUCGGCAUCGGCAUCUCGGGCACGUACCUGCUCUCCGGCUCGUCGACGUCGCACAUCCCGCAGGUCGACGGCGGCGUGUACCACAUCGACUUUUCGCCCACGCUCCUCGUCUCCGGGCUCGGCCUGCUGCUCAUCCUCCUCGGCACGCUCGUCGCCGUGCCCAUGAACGGCUUUCUGCUGUCGCGCGGCCUCGGCUACACGCUCAUCGCCACGUACGCCGCCAUCAUGUGCACGAACAUUCUCGUCGAGGUCUUCUACAUGCGCCAGCCCUGA